UUGUUUUGGUUACCUACAUAACUUCUCUUCUCUUUCUUCUUCUCCAUCAAAUUUCAUUUUAACUUAAACUUCUCUUCUCUAAUUUCUCAAUUUUCAUAUACACACACAAAGAUUGAAACACACGUAUUUGCACCUAUUUCAGCCACCUGCCACUUCCCCACUUCCACGUUUUCCCUAAUUUUCUCUCUCCUAUUUCUUCUUCUUCCUAUAAAUAAAUCAACCAAUCAAAAAAAGUUGAAAUCUUUACCCUUUAAAAAAAGUUGAAAUCUUUGCAAGAAAAAAAAAAGUUGAAAUCUUUAUUCAUUGAAUAUAUUAAUUUAUCAACAGAAAGUAUCACAAAGAAAAUAACCCACAAUCAAUAAACAAAAAAAAUAAUCAAAAAACAAAGAAAAUUUUCAGAGUUUUUUUUUUCUUUGUAAAAAAAAAAAAAAGAUGGAUAGUCUUUGUGUGAGAUCUGGGCUACAUGGGCUGGGCUCAUCGAUCUCAAUGAAUAAUGGGUUGGACUUAUUCAGGCCCGGCCCAUCUAUUUCUUCUGUGGGUAGGUCAUCGGCGCCGACGAGUAAUGCAAUCUCAGUUGAUAAAACGGUGUCGUCUUCAUCAUCUUCUUCAUCUUCAUUGUUAAAGUUUUCAUCUUUUAAUUACCCUUUUAAAUCUUUAUUUUUUGGGGGAGGGAGAAAAAAUGGGUCUAAAGGUGUGACCUUGGACGACGCCGUUUUAAUGGAGGAAGAAGAAGAAGAAAAUGAGGUGAAUAAUGUGGAAGGGCAAAAUGGUAAUUGGGUUUUGAAGAUCCUUCAUGUUAGGUCACUUUGGUCCUCUGAGAAGCAAGGAAAAGAUGAUGAUGAUGAUGGUGUUAAGGUUGAGGAGAGAGAAAAUGAAGGGCAAAAUAGGAAUUUCACUUCAUCUUGUGAGGGGGGUGAAAUUGAAGGGUGUUUUUGUGAUAGUGAGGAUGAUUUUGAUGAUGAUGAAAAAAAGAAUGUAGUUUUUGAUAGAAAUUCAUUUUCUAAGAUGUUAAAAAAAGUUACUUUGAGUGAGGCUAAAAUGUAUGCUCAAAUGUCUUAUUUGGGGAGCUUGGCUUAUUGUAUUCCUAGCAUCAAGCCAAAAAAUCUUCUGAAGCGCUAUCGUCUACGCUAUGUAACUUCUUCAAUCGAAAAGCGAGAACAGUUAGCUGAAGCUGAAAAGGCAGAACUGUUAGCCAAAGCUGAAGCUGAACCACAAUCUGAUGAAGCUGAAAGCAAGGACAAAUCUCAAGUAGAGGCAGGGCAAAGUGAUGAACAAAAGAAUGAACAAUCUCGAGUGCGAGAAUCUGCAGCUUUUCAAGUUGCUGCCUCCGCUGCUUCUUAUUUGCAUUCUCGGACUAGAACUUUGCUUUCCUCUAAUUCCUCAAAAGACAAUGUGGAUCAUACAUCGAACGAGGAUAGCAGGAGCAAUGAAAAUCUCAACAUCAACUCGGAGAUGGCAUCUCUUAUGGCUACCACAGAUUCAGUAACUGCUGUGGUUGCUGCAAAAGAGGAAGUGAAGCAGGCAGUGGCGGAUGAUCUGAAUUCAAUCAGUUCGUCACCGUGUGAGUGGUACAUUUGUGACGAUGAUAAGAACGCUACUAGAUUUUUUGUCAUUCAGGGCUCUGAGACUCUAGCUUCUUGGCAGGCUAACCUACUCUUUGAACCUGUUCAAUUCGAGGGUCUAGACGUGCUUGUACAUAGAGGCAUAUACGAAGCUGCAAAGGGCAUGUAUCUGCAGAUGUUGCCUGAGGUUCACGCCUAUAUGAAAACUCAUGGAAGCCGUGCCAAAUUCCGUUUUACGGGUCAUUCACUCGGUGGAAGCUUGUCAUUGCUCAUAAACCUCAUGUUACUGAUGCGAGGGGAGGUUCCAUAUGCCUCACUUCUUCCCGUCAUCACCUUUGGUGCACCCUCUGUCAUGUGUGGAGGGGAUAAGCUGCUUCAUAAGCUUGGAUUACCCAAGAACCACAUUCAGGCUGUUGUGAUGCAUCGUGAUAUUGUACCCCGGGCUUUCUCUUGCAACUAUCCUAGGCCUGCUGCACAGCUACUCAAAGCCGUGAAUGGAAGUUUCCGCAACCAUCCUUGCCUGAAUAACCAGAAGCUACUCUAUGCACCCAUGGGGGAGAUGCUGGUUUUACAGCCGGAUGAAAAUUUCUCUCCGCAACACGAUCUACUUCCUAAGGGAAGUGGUCUUUACUUCCUAACUUGCAAGACAUUCGAUGCCUCCGAGGGGGAAAAGCAACUCCGGGCAGCAAAAAACGCUUUCCUAAACAUACCCCAUCCGCUCGAGAUCUUAAGUGACCGCUCCGCCUAUGGAAAUGGCGGUACAAUCCAACGUGAUCAUGACAUGAACUCAUACCUCAAGUGCGUAAGAGGCGUGAUCCGUCAAGAGCUCAGCCGCAUUCGGAAGGCUGAGAGGGAACGACGUCGUAAGGUCUGGUGGCCGCUUGUAACCCCGCGCGUUGCCGGUACAAGUAUCGUCGUGGGCCCGAUUAAUGUGGGUCAGGCUCAAUUUAAGUUUGCUGGCAUUGUUAAGAAUGGGAAAGAGUCCUUCAAACGGUUUAGUAGGCUUGUUGCAUCACAGCAUAUGCAUUUGCUUGUUGUGCUCUUAUUUCCUGCAAGGUUGCUGCUAAUUGGGGUUACCAGUGUGAUUAACUCCAGUUAAUUGGAGUGUUUUUUUAAUUAAUCAUUUGAUAAAUGUACAGAAAAAAAAGGUGGGUCCCAAAAUUUGGUUGGGAAAUUCUUUAUUCAUUGGAAAUUAGAAGCUCUACAUGAUUAAUCAUCAAUGAAGAGCACUAGGUAAUUUUUAUCAUUAGAAAAGGAAUUAAAAUGUCAAAACAAAAAAGAGAUAUUGUUGUAGUUUUUUUUGUAUUUUUUUUUCAUCUUUUUGAGAUGUAAUUGUAGUUAUAAACAUAUGAAAUUACAUUGUAAAUUUGAGAUGUCAUCAUUAUAUGAAUGGAAAUGAAUUUACAUCUAA